UCUGCUCCCCAGAGUGCUGCCUGCUCUGCACCUGAAUCCGGGAGCCCUUCUCCACCCGGAUAGAUUCCAGACCCUCUUCCUGGGCCCACCUGUGCCGUGCCCCACCCCACUCUGCCCAGAAGUGCAAGAGCCCAAGCCGCCUCCAUGGCCCCAGGAAGGAUUCAGGGGAGAGGCCCCACACAGGGAGCCACUCCAACCAGACAGCCUGGCCAGAAUGGAGCUGACUGAACUGCUCCUCGUGGUCAUGCUUCUCCUAACUGCAAGACUAACUCAGUCCAGCCCGGCUCCUCCUGCCUGUGACCCCCGACUCCUGAAUAAACUGCUACGGGACUCUCAUGUCCUUCACAGCAGACUGAGCCAGUGUCCAGACAUUAACCCUUUAUCCACAUCUGUCCUGCUGCCUGCUGUGGACUUUAGCUUGGGAGAAUGGAAAACCCAGACGGAGCAGACCAAGGCACGGGACGUUCUAGGAACAACCACCCGUCUGCUGGAGGGAGUGAUGGCGGCACGGGAACAACUGGGAGCCACUUGCCUCUCAUCCCUACUGGGACAGCUUUCUGGACAGGUCCGCCUCCUCCUUGGGGCCCUGCAGAGCCUCCUCGGAACCCAGCUUCCUCCACAGGGCAGGACCACAGCUCACAAAGAUCCCAAUGCCAUCUUCCUGAGCUUCCAACAACUGCUCCGCGGAAAGGUGCGUUUCCUGCUGCAUGCGGUUGGGCCCACCCUCUGUGCCAAGCGGGCCCUCGCCACCACAGCUGUCCCACGCAGCACCUCUCUAUUCCUCACACUGAACAAGCUUCCAAACAGGACUUCUGGAUUGUUGGAGACAAACUCCAGUGUUCCAGCCAAAACUACUGGCUUUGGACUUCUGAAGAGGCUGCAGGGAUUCAGAGCCAAGAUCCCUGGUCUGCUGAACCAAACCUUCAGGUUCCUAGACCGAAUCCCUGGACACCUGAACAGGACGCACGGACCUUUGAAUGGAACUCAUGGACUCUUUCCUGGACCCUCACCCAGGGCCCUGGGAACCCUGAAUAUUCCUCCAGGAACUUUGGACACAGGCUCCCUGCCACCCACCCUCCAGCCUGGAUAUUCUCCUUCCCUAACCCAUCCUCCCACUGGACAACGUAUACUCUUCUCUCUCUCACCCACCUUGCCCACCCCUGCAGUCCAGCUCCAACUCCCGCUUCCUGAGCCCUCUGUCAUGCCCAACCCUACCAGUCCUCUUCUGAUGGCAGCCCACCCUCACUUCCAGAAUCUGUCUCGGGAAGAGUGAGGUACUCUUCCGGACACACCGGCAGCAGUGUCUCCCACGUAUAAUGACCUCACCAGAGGAGAGGCCCUGGGAGACAACUGCAGCGACGAGAUUUCCUGCUUUCACCUGAAACCAAAGCCC